GUCAGCUGGGCGCACAUGGUAUGCACUUGACAUUUCCACCCAGCUGGGCGAUGGGUUAUUCCAGUUCAUGGGCUGUGCUGGGUGGAGAGAAGUGUGGGCUCAGCCCGCGCCGGCCAAUCCACCCGAGCUGACGCUGCGCAAGGCGCUGGGACUUGUUAUACUUUUCACGGAUGAGUUGGGUCAUAUUUCCCACUGGAGAGCCAUCAUGGCAGGAAGUCUGGCUGGCAUGGUUGCAACCAUCGUGACUUACCCCACGGACGUAAUUAAAACACGGCUCAUUGUGCAGAACCGACUGGAACCGUCUUAUGAAGGAAUUCUUCAUGCUUUUUACAAAAUUUAUCAUCAAGAAGGAUUCCUUGCACUCUAUCGUGGCGUUUCACCGGCUAUAUUAGGUGCUGUCCCAUUUUCUGCAGGGUCUUUCUUUGUUUACAUCAAUCUGGACAAAAUCUGGCGGGAACCCAUAGUUCAUUUCACUCCUCUUCAGAACUUCAUAAAUGGCUGUGUAGCAGCUGCUGUGGCACAGACACUUUCUUUCCCCUUUGAGACUGUCAAGAGGAAGAUGCAGGCCCAGAGCCCUUGGCUUCCCCACUAUGGAGCAGUUGAUAUCUAUUUUACUGGCAUGACUGACUGUUUUCGACAAACUGUGAAGAACAAAGGUGUGCUUGGACUUUGGAGUGGGCUCACACCCAGUCUGCUCAAGAUUGUCCCGUACUUCGGUGUUAUGUUUAGCACCUUUGAAUUCUGCAAGCGGGUUUGUCUGUAUAGAAAUGGUUAUAUUGAAUCUCCUUUAAAUUACAAGCUAACUCCUGGUGUGGACCAGAGUUUACAGCCACAAGAACUGAGAGAAUUAAAGCUCCUCCGAAGGGGAAAUUUUGAGCCAAGGAAAUCAGCUCUUGAAAAUUGACAUCAGAGUGACCAUUGCAGAUUAACACACUACCUUUCUUAAGGAACUUUGCAAGAAAGACAUGUUGAACUACAGGUACCAGCGUCUGAGCGGAUUGCAUGGUUUUGGUACUGAAACAUGAGUGCCAGGAGUGUGUAAGUCUCAUAUCUCAUUUGCUGAACGGAUAUAAA